CUUUUUUCUUCUUCUUCUUCAACAAUCCUCCUUUCUACUCUCUGUAAACCGCUUGUUUCUCUCUCUCUACACAAUUCACAUUCAUUUUUUUGCUUCUACCUUUGAAAUCACGAGAUCCCCAUCUCUCUUUCCCCCCAUUUUUUUCUCCACUUUUUCUGUAUAUCUCUACUUCAGAGCCAUUUUUACCAUUUGCUUGUUCGUGAUUGAGGCUCUAAGAGAUAUACAUUGUUGCAACAUUAAAAACCCAGUUCAAGAUUGAAGCUCUGAGAGAUAUGCAUUGCUGCAUUUGUUAAAAAAAUCACAUUCUUGAAUUUUAUAGAAGAAGAGAAAUGUUGGGUUCUAAAAAGGGUAAUUCUGAAAUGGAUUCUAAAAAAAGUGUUUCAAAAAUGGGUUCUGAUUCUUUAGCUGAUCGGUUGAAAAAUUCUUUGAGUUGUGAUGACAAAGAAAAGAGCGAUGAAAAACCCGAUUUGGGUUCACCAGUUUCAACAUUACGGACUGGAAAAAGUGGGUUAAGUUCUAUUUCUACUACUAGUACUACUACAACUACUACAAGAAGCAGCUCGAAUUCAUCUGCAUCGGUAUCUGGUCGGAAUGUGUCUUCCGGUCAGUUUUCCGGUAGGGGUUCAGUCAAGAAUUCACCUACAGGACGUGGGCGUAAGCCGAAUCGUCCAUCAAUUUUCUCCGGUGAGAGUUCCUCUACUUCCCCUGCACCUGCACGUAAUGUGCUUCCCCCCUGCGGCAAUCUUUUCCCGUCUGGUAUUGUCGUGACAACUGGGAUGGCUAGUAAGCCUGUUAGGACUGAGUUAAGGUCUGAUCCCAACUGGGAUGCUUACGGUUACGGAAGCAUAGUGCGUGGUGGUGCUUCUCGGAAAUCCGGUGGUGUUGCCGGUAGUUCUACGUCGAAAUCCGGUGGUGGUGUUGUUUCCAGUUCGAGAAAUGAACUGGAGGAGUUGAAGAUAAAAGGGAAUGAGAUUUACAGGAAGGGUAAUUUUUUAGAAGCAUUGAAUCUUUAUGAUAAAGCUAUAGCAAUUUCUCCGAGCGAUGGUAUAUUACAUUGUAAUCGUGCUGCUGCGCUGAUCGGUUUAAAGAGAUUAGGGGAAGCAGUGAGGGAAUGUGAAGAAGCUAUUAGAUUGGCUCCAUCAUAUGUUCGAGCACACCAGCGUUUAGGAUCUUUGCUACUUAGUUUAGGACAGGUUGAAAAUGCAAGGAGACACUUUUUUUUCGAAGGUCAUAAACCAGAUCAAGCCGAGUUGCAGAAGUUGCAAGCAGUGGAGAAACAUAUUAGCAAAUGCACUGACGCCCGGAAACUUGGAGAUUGGACGACUGUGUUAAAAGAAGCUGAGGCAGCAACUUCUUCUGGAGCUGAGGCAUCUCCUCAGCUAUUUGCAUGUAGAGCGGAAGCUUAUUUGAAGCUGCACCAAUUAAGGGAUGCUGAAAUGUGGAUAAAUAAAACUGGGAAGUAUGAGCCUUCUGCCGCAGCAUGCCAGUCAAAACUUUUUGGGAUGCUCUCUGAAGCAUACAUAUUCUUUGUCCAAGCUCAGAUUGACACCGCUCAUGGAAGGUAUGAUACUGCACGUAGUGCCAUUGAAAGAGCUGCACAGAUUGAUCUUCAAAGUGCUGAAGUUACUGCUUUACUCAAAAGCAUGAGGCUGGUGGGGCGAGCUCGUACUCGUGGCAACGAGUUAUAUAAAUCUGCAAGAUAUACUGAAGCUUGUGCUGCUUAUGGGGAAGGGCUCUCGCGUGAUUCUUCGAAUUCAGUUCUCUACUGUAAUAGAGCAGCUUGUUGGUAUAAACUUGAAGAGUGGGAAAAAUGUCUCAAUGAUUGCAACCAUGCUCUCCUUAUCCGGCCAAAUUAUACUAAAGCUCUUUUUCGAAAAGCUGCCUCAAAUACCAAGCUGGAAAGAUGGGCUGAAGCUGUGAGAGAUUACAAGGUUUUGCAGCGGGAACUUCCAUAUGACAAGGAGGUUGCUGAAUCAUUAUUCCAUGCCCAAGUUGCAUUAAAAAAGUCACGUGGAGAAGAUGUUCACAAUAUGAAAUAUGGUGACAAGGUGGAGUUGGUUUUGGAUCUUGAGAAGUUCCAGGCUGCGAUUACGUCAUCUGGUGCAUCUGUUGUCUAUUUUAAAGAAGCAUCCAACCUACAAUGCAAGCAUAUGUCCUCAUUCUUGGACACCUUAAGCACCAAAUUUCGUUCACUAAGUUUUCUCAAGGUGGAUGUGGAACGCAGCCCAGCAAUCGCUACAGCAGAGAACAUUACAACAGUACCUACAUUUAAGAUUUACAAGAAUGGCAGCCGCGUGAUGGAGAUGGUUAGCCCAAGUCGGGAGAUGUUGCAGUCCUCGGUUAAGCAUUACAGUAUUUAGGAGCACGGUUGACAAUUCAUUGUGCUUCUCUUGCCAUUCCAAUUGCCUGAUUACUCUGAACACCUUCUCCACUCCCAUUCUAGAAAGGAUUUUACAUAUACAUGUGACAUAAUCAGAACCUACCAUUUACCCUCAUUCAUUCCUCAUAUAUGCCUGGUUUCCGACUUCUUUCCCCAUCUCCGAUACUCUUCCAUUUGUACUUUUUACAUUUUUGAGGAUUGCCUCCCCCUAGGAUAAGCCAUCUUCAGUUGUGAGGAUUAGUGAACAUUGCAGAGUUGAUUUUACGGCAAUAUAGGUGAACAGUUAGAAAGAAGAGAAAGUAGUUAGAUAAGGAUCAUAACAUGUAUAGAUAUGAUCAUAUACACAAAACUAUCUGGAGGUGAAGGACAUGGUAGAUACUGGAUUAGUGAAAAGAAUAUGAUGUUGUUAAGCAUUCUAUCAAUAAAAGUUCUCAUUUUUCCUUA